AUGGACCACUCAAUCCAGCGGUUGCUCAACGAUAAGCUCUACGACAAGAGGAAACAGGGGGCUCUCGAGCUAGAGAAAAUCGUCCGAGAUGCUGUUUUCAAAGGAGAACACGAGAAGAUUGCGAAGAUUGUUGAACAGCUCUGCCACGAUUAUGCCUACGCUGUACACCAACCGCACGCCCGCAAUGGUGGCCUGAUCGGGUUGGCGGCCGCCUCGAUCGCGCUAGGAUCUGAAGGGGUUGCGCCGUACUUGAAAGAGAUCGUUCCUCCGGUCUUAGCUUGCUUUACCGACCAAGAUGCACGAGUUCGAUACUAUGCCUGCGAGAGCAUGUAUAACAUUGCCAAGGUGGCCAAGGGAGAGGUUUUGCUCUUCUUCAAUGAAAUAUUCGAUGCGUUGGCUAAGCUUGCGUCUGAUUCGGAGCUCUCCGUCAAGAAUGGCGCGGAGCUUCUCGAUCGACUGGUCAAGGACAUUGUGGCUGAGUCCGCGGCAUCAUAUGUCUCAGUGCUGCAAUUGACGGGAAAGGAGACAGACGAUCCAAACGAUGUGGAUGAGACGGAAAUUCCCACCGCAUUCUCUCUCGCGAAGUUUAUACCUUUGCUCAAGGACCGAAUCCAUGUGAUUGGGCCGUACACUCGCAAUUUCCUAGUCUCCUGGUUGACUUUGCUGGAUACCAUUCCUGAUUUGGAACUGGUCACCUUCUUACCUGAAUUUCUAGAGGGAUUAAUCAAGUUUUUAGGCGGGCCUCACAAAGAUGUCAACGUUGCUACACAGGGACUUCUAGACCGAUUCCUGGUGGAGAUAAAAAGGAUAACCCGUCUGAAGAAAGGAAUUGAAGAAAGUCGAAAAGGACAAGAGAGUCGCAGACGCUCCGCUGCUAGUGACACCGUGAGCGCCAAGACUGAGCAGACAAGUGAGACUACCGGUGCGGAUGGCGGUGAGAGGGAUGACAUCGCUAUUGAUGAUUCGGCUUCGGGAUCAAUGUUCGAUGACGAAGUGGUCCAAGCUGAUGGUGACUGGAUUCCGGGGCAAGAUGUCCACAUCGACAACCCGAAGAUUCUGGAUAUUCUGGUUAGCUUUGUUGACACCUCAUACGAGGAGGAAAUGCAGCUGACUGCACUUCGCUGGAUUGAUGCAUUCUUUGAGAUCAGCCCCGAGGACAUCCUUCCGUUUGUCCCACGCCUGUUGACUCAGGUACUGCCGGCUAUGUCCAGUGGUUCAGAUUCAGUGCGACAGGCAGCAAAUCGAGUCAAUAAGUCCUUGCUUGAGUACAUCUACUCCCUUUCAGAUGAUGCGCCUGAAGAACUCGUCCAGUCCUCAUACAAAGUUCCAUCGACGGCCCCUAGUAAGGAGAGUAUGGACAGGAAAUCAUCAGAAAUCACCAGCGUCGAUGCCAGGAAAGCAACACAGGAGUCUUCUAGGGCUGCGACACCGCUGAGCAGUAUCAUUUCAACACCAUUGCAGCCAGCCGAUCUCGAUUACGCCGCAGCGGUGAGCUCGCUCACUUUGCAAUUCUUAAAUGAGAACGAAGCCACUCGAGUAGCUGCACUCUCUUGGCUGAUCAUGUUACACCGGAAGGCCCCGCGAAAGGUGGUUGCAUUCAAUGACGGGACCUUCCCAGCUCUGUUGAAAACUCUCUCGGACCCUGCAGAAGCGGUUGUGACCAAGGAUUUGCAACUGUUGUCGCAAAUCUCAAGAAACAGCGAGGAUAGCUAUUUCACAUCGUUUAUGGUGAACCUGCUUCAGCUAUUUUCCACCGAUCGUCACUUGCUGGAGGUUCGUGGCAAUCUGAUCAUUAGACAGCUUUGUCUGAAUCUGAGUCCGGAACGUAUCUACCGGACUCUGGCAGAUUGCCUCGAAAAGGAGGAGGACAUCGAAUUCGCUAGUAUCAUGGUGCAGAACCUGAACAACAAUCUUAUCACCGCGCCUGAGCUGUCGGACAUGAGGAAGCGGUUGAGAAACCUGGACACCAGGGAGGGACAAAUGUUUUUCGUGGCCCUAUUCCGGUCCUGGUGCCACAAUGCUGUGUCUACCUUCUCUCUCUGUCUUCUUGCACAGGCUUAUGAGCAGGCCUACAAUCUUCUCCAAAUUUUUGCUGAGCUUGAAAUGACGGUCAACAUGCUAAUCCAGAUUGACAAAUUGGUGCAACUCCUUGAGUCUCCCGUAUUCACAUACCUCCGCCUCCAACUCCUCGAACCCGAAAAAUACCCCUACCUGUACAAAUGCCUCUACGGCGUCCUCAUGCUCCUUCCCCAGAGCUCCGCCUUUGCCGCCCUCAAAAACCGGCUGAACAGCGUCAGCAACAUCGGUUUCCUCCACGGUGGUCCCCGCAGGUACGCAAAUGGAAUCCCGCCUGCCAAGACACCAGGCAGUCCUCCCUUUGAAAGGACGCACAUGCUCAUGACUCCCACUAGCACGGCCCAAACUGCACCGUCAUACGAUCGUUCCUCCAGCGCGCGUGGCAAGACCCGCGAUGACAUUCGCUGGACCGAGCUUCUCGAUAAAUUCAAGGCUGUUCAGGAACGGGCGCGCCGCGCGCAGGCUGCGCAGCGACACUCGCUCGAUCCGACAGACAUUCUGCACAAUCCCUCGCUGACUGCUGCACUAUCUGCGGCUACCACUGACCGAGCGCGAGACCGAAUGGGCUUAUCUGAGCCGCCGCGAGCGGGUAUUGUGACUGUGGGCGGCGUCCCUGGGGUCCCCGUGCCUGGUACGGCGAGCAUGGGUGGUGCCGGGAACCGUGGAUCGCUGGAUUCCAAAGGCCCCAGCCCCACGUCUCUGCUGGGCGCUGCACAUAAACACAAGUCAAGUCUGCCGAAUCUAGGGCGGCUGGGAAUUGGCGGGCGCAAGUCAAAGAGAUGA